AAUUUCGAAAAAAAAAAAAGAACCAAAAUUCGCUUUGUAGGCCGCAGAAGACCGAUUCCUCUUUCUCUGCCCAGCGAGAGAGAGAGAGAGAGAGAGAUUAGAGAAUGACUGAAAUUUCAAGACGUAGAUCGCUGCGUUUUCUACUGCUUUUCGCUUUAGUUUCUCUACAAUUCAUUUCAGGUUUUUCUGAUGACUCUACAAGUUCAAAAAACAGCUCAAAGACCAAGUCUAAUGCGAGUAGUUAUACUGGGACCAAGGUAGUCCUCAUAUUGCUUGGGGUUGUUGCAGUAGGGUUGUUUUCGUUUUUCCUUUUCAAGUUAUGGCAAAAAAAGAAACGAGAUGAGCAAUAUGCUCGUCUUUUGAAGUUGUUUGAAGAAGAUGAUGAGCUCGAGGUUGAACUUGGCCUUCGGGACUGACAGCAUCAUUGAAAGCUAUGCUCAUCCUGUUUGAGGCUGAAAUGGCAUCAAAGGGUUUUGUUGUUUAGAAAACUCAUUUGUCUGGUGAUCAAAAUCAGGAUUUAGGCAUUAUCCUGUGGUGAGGUCAGAUAAUUUUUCAACCAUAAGUUGUAGUAUUUGUAAUGAUAUAUUCAAAUGAAAUUUCCUCUGAAUUUAAGUUUUGUGCCUACGUAGAAUGGGGAUGGUACCAUUUUGUACAAGAUGUUUGAAGAGUGUUAAUUCUCUGUUUGUAAAGAAUGAUUUUUAUAUUCAUUUGCAUUCUUAAAGAUAUAGAUAUGUUUAUGCUA